UGCGGCCAACAUCACGUCUUUUCUUCUUCGUCGUCGUCAAAAUGGCAAACCGCGGGGCUCGUCAUGCUCGCACUGAGGAUUCAGAUAAUACCAUUAAUUAUGUACAAUGCGAUGGCCUGGCCGUCAUGAAAAUGGUUAAGCACUGCCAUGAGGAAUCGAGCAACAUGGAUUUGGCUCAGGGCGCACUGCUCGGUCUGGUUGUGGACAAGUGCCUGGAAAUCACCAAUUGUUUUCCAUUUCCCAAGAGCGGCGAUGAGACAAUGGACGAGGAGAUGUAUCAGCUAACCGUGAUGCGUCGUCUGCGUCGCGUCAACGUCGACCACUUGCAUGUGGGCUGGUACCAGAGCUCCGAUGUAGGCAACAGCCUGUCGCUGGCGCUGCUCGAAUCGCAGUAUCAUUACCAGACCAGCAUUGAGGAGUCCGUCGUGGUUGUCUACGACACACAGAAGUCGUCGCGCGGCUUUUUGUGCUUGAAGGCCUAUCGCCUGACACCGCAGGCCAUACAAAUGUAUAAGGAUGGCGAUUUUACGCCCGAGGCAUUCCGCACCCUGAAGGUUGGCUAUGAGAGCUUGUUUGCCGAGAUACCCAUUGUCAUUAAGAACUCGCCGCUGACCAACAUUAUGAUGAGUGAGCUGAACGAACUGCUGCCCGAGGAUAAGGGACACAAUUUUCUGGAUCUGGGCACCGCUUCCGUGCUGGAGAACCAUAUGCGUAGCCUGAUCGAGCGUGUGGAUGAGCUCUACCAGGAGGCUGUGCGCUACAACAAGUACCAGCAGGUCGUCUUCAAGCAGGACACGGAAAAACAUCGUGCUCUGGCCAAACUGGCUGCCGAGAAUGCUGUGCGCACCUCGAAGGGUGAACCCACGGUGCCCGAGGAGGAGGUGAUUAAGCAGUUCCGGCCCAUGCCGGUGCCGGCAAGGUUAACGGCCACCAUUACCUCUGGCCAAAUCAAUACGCAUGCCCAGCAUAUUGCACAAUUCUGCUCUCAGUCGCUGGCUAAACUUUUCAUCACGGAAUCGCUGCAGAACGCCAAGGAAACCAAGGAGAUCAAGUAGUUUAGUUAAUGUUUAAAUUGAUAGCGAGUCUUUUUAUAUCGAGACGCAACAAUAAACCCCAAACUUUGUAGCUGUGUGUAAAUGCAACGUGCCACAGCUGAGCGAA